CUGCUCCUGUCAAAACCUCAUUGCAGAGCAUGCCAGUUGCUGCUCGAAGUAGCACACGGAAGUUAGCGUCUUUGCACUUGGAAGUAGCAUAACUGCAAGCUAACCAUGGCAGGCAAGAGGGCGUUAGUAAUCCUGUCUAAAGGUGCAGAGGAGAUGGAAACUGUUAUUCCUGUGGAUAUCAUGCGUAGAGCUGGGAUAGCAGUCACGGUUGCAGGGCUGACGGGCAAAGAGCCAGUCCAGUGCAGCAGAAACGUCGUCAUUUGUCCUGAUGCUAGCCUGGAGGAUGCCAGCAAACAGGGCCCCUAUGAUGUGGUGCUUCUGCCAGGAGGAAUGCCAGGGGCCCAGAAUCUGGCCGAGUCUCCUGCUGUGAAGGAGGUGCUGAAGGAUCAAGAUUGCAGAAAAGGCCUGAUUGCAGCCAUCUGUGCAGGUCCCACUGCACUUCUGGCACAUGGCAUUGGUUACGGCAGCACAGUCACUACACAUCCUGCCAUGAAGGAGAAGAUGAUGGCUGGAGACCACUAUAAAUAUUCAGAGGCUCGAGUACAGAAGGAUGGACAUUACAUCACCAGCCGUGGGCCAGGAACCAGUUUUGAGUUUGCCCUGACGAUUGUAGAGGAACUUAUGGGGGCUGAGGUUGCAGCUCAAGUCAAGGCUCCUCUUAUUAUGAAAGACUGACUGUAGCCGUGUUCACUUACAUCCUGCAAGCAGCACCGCCCGCUAUAUAAGUCUGGCACUACUGAGACAGCUAGUCCAAUGUAGCUGGCACAAGGAGUCAAAGUCACUAGUGAUAAAUUAUUCUCCCUAGGGGACAUAAAGAUGUUUCUGUUUUGACUUCCUUUGUCUUUCUUAUUUUGCAAUUAAAGGCACCCUUUUGUUAUUUAACACUGAAACAUAACAUGGAUAAUUACUGCACAUGCUUUCUGAAUUUGAUGAAAUUGCUUUUGUUUCAUUGUAGUUUUUCCAGAAAUUGCUAGCAUAUUAUUUUGAAAGCUUUUGUUGUUUCACUUGUCAUUAAAACAUGAAUGUGAGGAAA